UACUGAGUUUACAUCCUGUUCCCUUUACAAAUGUUUCAUUAACGUUCCCCAACUAACUUAACAUUAACGUUAACGGCCUUAACUUGGAAGUUAGGUUGAGUUAUCCUGAUAAAUAGUUUUAAAUGUCGUCAAACGUUCAUUUAUUUUACCAGUUUGAUCCACUUUGGUCUGUAAGUUAAACCGUUAGAGAUGAUGAUGACGUCAUGACAAGACGUUUAAAACAAAAUCUUAGCUAGCUAGCUAACAGCUGCAAUAUUCAGUCAUCGAAAUAAAAAAUAAAAAUGUUUUCGUGGCUUUGACAUGGCUGGCAUUGGUUAAUAAUGGGGACAAAAUAAACAUAUAUAACUAAGGUCACAUGUCCAGGAGUGCUCCUGUCUAAAAAGUAUGACAUUUACCUCAGUGUGUGUAUAAUGGGCCAGUACAGGAAGACCCCCUGUUUGCCAUCUGUGUUCCCCUUACACUUCCACCACAAGAUGGCAUUUGUCAAGACUUUCCCCGGCGUUGUUGACCCUGCUGAUGUAGCUGACCUCCUCGAAGCUGACACAACAUGUUUUGAGCUGAUUCAGUUGGUGCCUCCAGAGGGUGAGAUCCUAGCCACGAUGGAGGAAAGCAGCAGAGAUUUCUUGUACCCUGGUCCGAGACUGAGCUCCAGAGAAGGAGCUGCAGAGAGAGAGAUACUACUGAAGAGAUCCUCCUCCUUUCCUGGAAUCUCCCCCAAAGUGGAGUUUGCCACAACAUCAGUCAUAGAAGAGAGUGAUGGAAGGGACAGCUGGCUUGUCUCACCUACUUGCUGUCUUUCUCCAGUGAGGCUAUCAUUAACACCACCCAGACAGAGUUCAGCAAAAAAGUCUUUGCCAUCCAGCAGCCAUUUUUCCAAAAUAGAUGAUGCGAACUUUGUCUCUUUGAAUGGUGGGGACGAAAAGUUAAAUGUUGAGGCCGGAUUUACAAACUCUCCGUCCUCAGCAUCCAGACGCUCCCCUUUUUCAUCCCCAUCUGGCCGCAUGCCCCAGAAAAACAAGAAGGAAAGAAAACUGCCUUCUCCGAGAGCUUCUGUAGACUCUGGCUACCAGCAGCCCACAGUUUCCUCAAGGACACGAGCCUUGUCACCUUACACCCACCGCAAGAUGUGCCAGCUUUCAGAGGACGCCCGACAGAGGCUCAGCCACCUCCAGCUGGGGCCUCACCACUUCAGGAAGGAGACUGAGAGCCAGCCGCCCUUCUUGGUCUCUCUUUGCAGCAGUGUGUCUGGGAUGGGAACUCCUUUCUCCUCUCCACAGAAUGGUAGCACGCAUCGACAUGCUGUCAGCUUCGCGACUGAUCACAUAGCUACACUUGUAUUUUUCAUUGUAGAUUCUUCUCUCCUGGGGAGUUACAGACCAAGAACAGCCAGAGUGAAGUCAGGUUCUGUGAGGGUCCAGUUGUCUCCAGAGCCACAGUCCAGACUUGAAGCCCGGACCAAAAGCCCUGUGAGAGGUGCUGCCCUGACCGUGGUAAACUCCAGAAGUCCUCUGAACCUCAACCAUUCCCUCAGAGAAAGACUACAGACCAGUCAACCCAGUCCAUCCUACUGGGAGCAGAUCCACAGCCGAGUCCAGCGGAUUCUGCAGACACACAAACCCCCCUGGGACCACCAAGUGCCCUUUGACCUUUAAUUUACUGAUCUGCCUGCAAAGUGACCAAACAACUAAGGUUACAAUACAGAGACUCUUCAAUGUUAAAGCAGUCACUCUAAUAAUGUAUACUUUAAAUUUAAAGUUAAAAUCAGAUAGACUUUAACCUGCUGUAUGUUUGAAGGAGAGGAUUCAGACACACUAAUAUACCUUCUUAACCUCGCGAUUUUAUUAUUCAGAGAAUCUCAAACAUGUAUCUUUAUUUAUCUCCCUUUGAUCAUUUAAAUUUCAAACCAUCCCAAGCACCUGCUGAGCCGCGUUUGUCAUCGUUACUCUUUGAAAAGGCAGCAAAUUUGCAGGGGUUACGUUCAAAAGCAUAACAGCACCACUUCCCUCCCACCCAUCAACUGGGCCCCGAUGGUGAAACCAAGCGGAGACGUCGUCUAAUUUCUCUAAAGCCGUGUGCGAAAUUGGCUUGAGUAUAAAGAAGCAACAUUUUUGUGCACGCAUGGGAACGAGACAUGGUGGAUGUAAGCUGCAGCUGUUAAGGGCUCAUCACUCGUAACACAAAAGAAAGACAAGAAGGUAGCCAAGAGCCACUGUAGGGAGCCAGCAGCUAAAAGAGACUGAAGAGAUUUAAGAGUGUGAGCAGGAACAAAAGUAAUCCUAAAUGAAAGAGCAGGAGACACAAAGAAAUCUAGCUUUAGCACAAUUUCAGUUCGAUAGUGUUACACUCAAAUGUCUUUAACAUUGAAAAUCAAAACAGAUAGUCAGGUCAUGUGCUUUUUAUAAUGUACAGUUCAUAGAACUUACAUCUUGUAUCAAUACAAUUAAAUGUAGCUGUUCAGUUUUACAUACAGAUGAAAUAAUUUAAUAGUGAAUGAUACUAAAUAUAGAAAAUGUAUUCCAUUUUAAAAUGAGGGAAUAGGUAAUACAGCGAAUGAUCACGUAGUUUCUGGUUUUCUUCAAUGCAAUGGGUACACUUUAAAUGUGCAGCCAGGAUGUAAUUAAUGGUAAAACUUUCUUUCACUCAUAUUGACCAUGUGUCCAUGUCCACUCCGAGCCAGAAGAGAAAUGUCCCAUCUCGUUCUUAGUCAGUCAGAUAGUGCUGCUCACUUAAAAACACAAGUUACAACGCAAAAUGUUUUCUCACAGACAUUCAAAACUACCCAGCAGUGUCUGCAAAUGGGUUUUGUUUAGCCGAUUCUUGAACAGAGACAGUAAAAUGUGUCUGGGGAUGUAACUUUUUUUAAUGUGAGCUACAUGUAUUUAAAAUGUUGACAGUACAUCAAUGGUGAUGGUACAGGACGCAUUGCAGGACAAACCCUCUUUCUCUGAAUGUGAUGCGUUUAAUAAAAAAUUGGUGCCAGUCAAAAGAAAAUUUUCAUUUGAUGCACGACAUGAAUCACUGAUUACUUCGCACAAACAAAUGUUUUUAAAAUAGGUCCAUUUGAUUAAAAAUGUUAGUUUCUGUUGUAAAUAUAAGCAUGUAUACAUUUUUAUAGUCACUGUACAAAGUAUUUUUAAUAUGCUUACCAAAUCAACUUGACUUGUAUCAUGUUUUUUUUUUGUUUUGUUUUUUUGUUUUUUAAAUACAGUCAGCUUCUUCAUGUACAGACAUCUAAACAUCUUUAGAGAUGAAGGGUCUUGAAUGAGCAGGAUUCACUAACGUUUCAUGUAGUCGUGUUUAUGCUCCAACUUUCAACCACAACAACCCUCCUGCUGAAGAGCUAAAGUUGCGAAUAUCAGCAUCUACAAAAAUCAGUGUUAAUCACUACAGGUCUUCAGAUUUACUUUUUAUGGAAUUUCUUCUUUUUCUUGUUCCUCUUGCCGGCUCCUUGUGCUGCUUUCUCCGUCACAAUGUGCUGGUACUUCUUUUUGUUGUUGCUGGUAAGGGAAGAGGAAAGUAUAUUUUUUAGAUGUGCAUUUGUUCAAAGUUGAUCGACAUAGAUUUGGGGACCAAACAUCAUUACUUUGCUGAAUUCUUCUGCACAUUUUGCAGUAAUAGAUUUUAAACGUUUCUGACCCUAUCUUAACAUUUAGAUAGGGUCACAAAUGUGACCACAGACACUGGUUCCCUGUAUAGAUUUUUCUGUACAUCAGUUAACGCAUCACCUGUCAGUAUUUGGUCACACAAUCAGUCUCUUUCUUAGUUGAAUCACUAGUGUCAUAAGAUGACGGUUCACAGAUUUCAGUUACUAAUAAAUAAUAUUCAAGGAACCUACCAGAUAGUGAUCAGCAAUAUCAACGUGAUCAUAUUUUGCUGCCGAAGCUAAUCACCUAAGUGUUAGUGUGUACAAGACACAUGAUGGCCCACUAGUUUUACACACUCAGUCAUACUCAUAGUAGUCAUAGUCAUGCAUAUCAUCACUGUACAAAUACAGGAGGCACACCUGCAUAAAAAGUAAAAUCUAUUCCUGCCAAUAUAAAAACAGCUGGUCUUGGUAAGCUAUCUGUGGGAGUGGAUUUUCUUUAGUGGACAUUGAAGCCAUGAAACCAGAGAUGUGACAUAAUAAAGCCACAGUCUGUUGUCUUUGCUUUCAUUUCAACUUACUGCCUGAAUUCAGCAUCGGCCAGCAGUUCCUCCACCAUGGUUCUUUUCCUGUCCUUAUUGGGAAUGCGGGAAUGAUAGAAGUCAACUGCGCUGUCCACCACUGUGCCAACCUG